CUCGCCGCCGACAUGCGGGACAUCCGGAAGACCUACCUGGAAGCCAAAGAUAGCUGCUUUUGGGUGGUGACGUCCGGAGAGGAGGUGGUGGGCAUGGUGGCUGCCAUCCAACCGGAGGACCUGUCUGAACGGGGCACGGCGCUGGAGCUGAAGCGCAUGUCGGUGGCCCAGCGACACAGGGGCCGUGGCCUCUCCAAGGCACUCACCAGGACCGUCAUCCGCUUUGCCCAGGAGCGCGGCUACAAGGAGGUUGUGCUGGGCACGAGCAUGGUGCAGCUGGCGGCGCAGCGGGUGUACGAGGGCAUGGGCUUCCGCAAGGUGAGGGUGAAGCACCCCUACCUCGUAGCGAAGCUGCUGCAGUUCUACGUCUACUACUAUCGCUAUGAGAUU